CGUGUAUCAGACAGGCACAACAAUGUUCUCCAAAAUUGUAGCUUUGAGCGCCAUCUUGGCCGUCUCCGCGGCUGGCCUUCUGCCUGAGCCACACUACUCCUCCGCCGCGGCCGUGUCCUCCCAGAGCAUCGUGCGUCAUGACCAGCCGUCUGCCAAGCUGGCCGUAGCCGCCCCUGUCUACCACGCCGCCCCCGCCCAAGUCGCCUACCACGCCGCGGAGCCGCACUACUCCUCCGCCGCGGCCGUGUCCUCCCAGAGCAUCGUGCGCCACGACCAGCCCCAGACCUACGCCACCAAGCUGGUGGCCGCGCCCGUCGCCAAAGUGGCCGUAGCCGCCCCCGUGUACCACGCCGCCCCCGCCGUCGCCUACCACGCCGCCCCCGCCCACUACUCGUCCGCCGACGCCGUGUCCUCCCAGAGCAUCGUGCGUCAUGACCAGCAGCCCUCGGCCAAGCUCGUAGCCGCCGCCCCCGUGUACCACGCGCCCGCCCAGGUCGCCUACCACGCGCCCGCCCAGGUCGCCUACCACGCCGCGCCCGCCGCCGUGACCUACCACGCUGCCCCCGCCCCAGUCGCUUACCACGCUGCCCCCGCUGCCGUCGCCUACCACGCCGCCCCUGUCGCCAAGGUGAUCGCCCCCGCCGCUAAGGUCCUCGUCGCCCACCACGAGGAGGAAUACGCUCACCCCAAAUACGAGUACUCGUACUCCGUCGCCGACGGCCACUCCGGCGACAACAAGUCCCAGCACGAGAGCCGCGACGGCGACGCCGUGCACGGCGAGUACUCCCUGGUGGAGGCUGACGGCUCCAUCCGCAAGGUCGAGUACUCCGCCGACGACCACAACGGCUUCAACGCGGUGGUCAGCCACUCCGCGCCCGCCCACCACGCCGCCCAAGCCCACGCGCCCAGCAUCGUGCGCCACGACCAGCCCCAGACCUACGCCACCAAGCUGGUGGCCGCGCCCGUCGCCAAAGUGGCCGUAGCCGCCCCCGUGUACCACGCCGCCCCCGCCGUCGCCUACCACGCCGCCCCCGCCCACUACUCGUCCGCCGACGCCGUGUCCUCCCAGAGCAUCGUGCGUCAUGACCAGCAGCCCUCGGCCAAGCUCGUAGCCGCCGCCCCCGUGUACCACGCGCCCGCCCAGGUCGCCUACCACGCGCCCGCCCAGGUCGCCUACCACACCGCGCCCGCCGCCGUGACCUACCACGCUGCCCCCGCCCCAGUCGCUUACCACGCUGCCCCCGCUGCCGUCGCCUACCACGCCGCCCCUGUCGCCAAGGUGAUCGCCCCCGCCGCUAAGGUCCUCGUCGCCCACCACGAGGAGGAAUACGCUCACCCCAAAUACGAGUACUCGUACUCCGUCGCCGACGGCCACUCCGGCGACAACAAGUCCCAGCACGAGAGCCGCGACGGCGACGCCGUGCACGGCGAGUACUCCCUGGUGGAGGCUGACGGCUCCAUCCGCAAGGUCGAGUACUCCGCCGACGACCACAACGGCUUCAACGCGGUGGUCAGCCACUCCGCGCCCGCCCACCACGCCGCCCAAGCCCACGCGCCCGUCCUCCUCGCUCACCACUAA